UUAAAAUUAUUUUUUGUCGUUGUUCAUUCAAAAAAUCUGAAAUGUGUUGAAUAAUCAAUUAACCGUUAUGCCUUGACAGUGUCUUUGCUCACUUUCAAUUGUUGUUCCUGGAUUUUAUUUUUUAUGUUGUAAAUAUGUUAGGGUUUUGAAGAAAAGUUAACCUAAGAAGCGGAUGGCUUCUUCUGACGACGAAGGUGAAGCACUGCCACGCUCCGUAUCAGUCUAUGAAUUUGAGGUUGGUAAGAAUGAGCCCGUUUCUUUUGCGGAGUUACCAGUUCAGUGGAAGAAUGGUGAGACUCCAGAUGGGAAACAAAAACAGAUCUUCUUACGUGGGUCCUUCGAUAAAGGUCUUCAGAAAAUCUAUAAACAGGUUAUAGCUUGGAAGUUUGAUCUUUUGAAUGAGAAGCCUGAGAUUUCGGUGUUAACGAAAGAGAAUUACUGGAUUAGGCCUGUGAAUCCAAGGAAGGCUUUUGAGAAUAUAAUAAGGACGAUCUUGAUCACAGUGCACUGCCUACAUUUUGUGAAAAGGAAUCCUGGAACAUCUCACAAAGCUUUGUGGGAGCAUCUGGUUAAAGUCUUCAGCUUGUUCGAGCCCAGGCCUUCUGAAAAUGAUCUUAUAGAUCACAUUUCCUUAAUUGGUGAAGCUGUUAAGAGGGAUGCAACAUUGGCAAAAUCGAAGGUCUGUAUUUCUUAA